UUCUACUUCCGAUGUAAACAACCGGCUUGAAAUGUGCGAUGUCUUGUGCGCCAAAUUCAAACAAUGAGAUAGACUUUGAUGACGAAGAUGACGAGUUACUUUUGAAAUCUGUGAAUGAAUGUGAAGCAGAAGUUACAAAAAAUUUAACAAAAGCACAAUUUCCAUUAACUUCGGGAGAUGGGCAAAUUGUUCCAUUGCAAAAGUUUAGACAUGGCUACCUAUGGGUAUCAGAUUUGUCCUCACAGAGUUGGUGUGAACAACAGAUGUUCUAUAAGUUUACAGUUCCUGGGGUCAUUGAGGAGAACCCUGCAAUGACAAAAGGCACAGAUUUACAUCUUGCUCGAGAACUAGCAGCACAUGAUGUUGUACAGGUACAAGUCACCUCUAGUGAAGACAUCUGGGCUAUCAAAGUCCUCAAUCUACUGACAGCAAUCAAUGCAUUUCAGUUUGGUCAAACUAUUGCUAGAGAAGUACCAAUAUUUGGUGUUCCAUUCAAGGAGGAAGAUAUCUUUGUGGUUGGGUUAAUUGAUGAGUUGAGGUUUGACCCUGAUAAUUACACAAUAGAUUUAUCAGAGCUGAAGACACGAACCUCUAGGAUGAAUCCAUCCAAAGCCAUAACAAAGCAGCAUAAAAUUCAAGUGAUGUUAUAUAAAAGAUUAUUUGAUAAUUUAGUUAAAGGCACUUUGUCAAAAAACACUAUAGCUAAACAUUUGAGACUAAAUUUGAAUAAAGAGUUUGGAGAUCAAAUUGUAAAGCAUUUGGAAGAGAAAACAAUUAUCAAAAAAAAAUUGAACGAUUUAAUGGAUCAUGUUUUCGAAAAAAUGCAAUCCUUGACUUGUAUCAACCAGUUACAUGUGGAAUAUGUGUACCAAGGUACAGCAGAAACCUUAAGUCAUGUGAGUCAUCCAUAUGAUGAGGGAGAAAUCAAAACUCUAUAUUUAGAUUAUCUAAAAUUCUGGAAAGGUGAAAGGUCACCUGUUGGUGUUGAUAUUGAAGAAGCCUGGAAGUGUCAAAGAUGUGAUUUUGAAUCAAUUUGUGAAUGGCGGACAAAGAAAUCAGAAGAAUGUGCACAGAGAAAUAUUCAUAAGAACCAUUUGUAUUGAAUUGAAUAAAUCAAAAAAAUUAUAUAAUCCUG